CCUCGGCGUCCAAACCUCAGCGCGUGUGGAGCGCCCUCUGUGCGCGAGGCUCGGGGGCCGGCAAGUGUGGGCAGCACUGUGCUCGCAGGGCUCCCAGGCAUUCUGUCUUCCCAACCGCCCUCCUGCUAGUACCUCUUGUUCCUGUUUUACAAAUGAGACUGGCGGUCGAAAAGAAAACCGGGCCGUGGGACAAGACACGUCCCUGUGGGUAACUGACCCUGUGACCUUGAGCAAGUCGCUAGCCCGGCGGGAGCUGAGCCUAAGUUCUCUGCCCCUUGGAACGCCGUCCCAGCUCUCGGUCACGAGAGCUCAGCCGCCCCUGGAAGUGGGUUUCCAGACCCCAAGCAGUGGUUGGCCCGACCUGCCCCCAGAGCCGGAGGGCGCGGGCAGGAGCGGGCACGAGCCAGCGUCCCGCCCUCGCCGCGGCGACCCCGGGGGCCGACGCCCGACUCGGGUCGGACUAACUACGGCGCCCGGGAAGGUUGUUCCGUGCCUCGCGAAGACGUCCGCUUCCGCCAAUCACCGCUUGCGGCCCGCCCCCUCGUCGCCGGAAGCAGCCGUUGCCUCGAGCGACGACGACGUCCGGCUUUCCGAGUUGGCGGCGGGAAAGGCCAUGAGUAAAGGCCGGGCGGACGCCGCGGCGGGAGCCCCUGGGAUCCUCCUGAGGUACCUGCAGGAGCAGAACAGACCCUACAGCGCCCAGGACGUGUUCGGGAACCUGCAGCGGGAACACGGACUGGGCAAGGCGGCGGUGGUGAAGGCGCUGGAGCAGCUGGCCCAGCAAGGCAAAAUCAAAGAGAAGAUGUACGGCAAGCAGAAGAUCUAUUUUGCGGACCAGGACCAGUUUGCCAUGGUGAGUGACGCUGACCUCCAAGGCCUGGAUGCCAAAAUCGUGGCCCUCACUGCUAAGGUGCAGAGCUUACAGCAGAGCUGCCGCCACAUGGAGGCUGAGCUGAAGGAGUUAACUAGUGCCCUGACCACACCGGAGAUGCAGAAAGAGAUCCAGGAGUUGAAGAAGGAGUGUGCUGGCUACAGAGAGAGACUGAAGAAUAUUAAAGCAGCCACCAACCACGUGACUCCAGAAGAGAAAGAGCAGGUGUACAGGGAGAGGCAGAAGUACUGCAAGGAGUGGAGGAAGCGGAAGAGGAUGGCAACAGAGCUGUCUGAUGCCAUUCUGGAAGGAUACCCCAAGAGCAAGAAGCAGUUCUUUGAGGAAGUCGGGAUAGAGACAGAUGAGGAUCACAACGUGAAGCUCCCAGACCCUUGAGGGGUCCCCGGGCAGGACCCGGGGGGGGGGAUGGAAAGAGAGGUCCCGCACUGGUUGGCUCCUCCUGGUUGGCUUCUGUGUUUGUUCCUGCUGCUGUCUUUGGGCAGAGCAGCUGGGAGAGGGGCAGGAGCCAGAGUAUGGGGCGCAGGGAGUGAGCGAGCCCACAGCCGACAGGCUCAGGUGCCAGGUGCGUUUUACUGGCUACAUUCCAGUUGCUUGAACUGAACGCUCCAACUGGAAACAACGCUAAAGGAAAGCAUUUGGCAGUAUUUAUUGUAAUACAGUUUGAUAUAAAAAUACUUAAAUUUCCUCUGGAUAACCAAACCUCGCAGAUGUCAACCCUGCAGAAGGCUACAGAGUAGAGACAGGAAACUAUAUAGCAUUCAAGGAGCCCGAGUCCUUACCCAGGACUUCUUGGAGCUCUGUACCCCAGGAGGCCUUUAAAUACCUUCUCUACCCCUUCACUCUGACCCCAAGUCCUGGGAGAGAUGCAGGCAGCACAGGGACCGAGACCCAGAUACACUUGACAGGAAGGGUGGGAGUGGUUCUGAGGCCCAGUUUGUUUUCCAAAAUUGUAAGUUUAGCAAAACUGCACUGUUGGUGUUUAUUUAGAAAAUUAAAAAAAGAAAAAAAAACUA